AUUGAGAGAGAGAUACAGAAAGGGCAGAGGAGGAGAAAAAUGAACACUGACAUCACAGCGUCGGCGAAGCCGGAGUACCCCGUCGUGGAUCGGAAUCCGCCGUUCACGAAGACAGUUGCCAACUUCAAUACUCUCGACUACCUCCGAUUCAGCACCAUCACCGGAGUUUCCAUCGUCGUCGGUUAUCUCUCCGGAAUUAAGCCUGGAAUCAGGGGGCCGUCGAUGGUGACGGGAGGUCUAAUCGGCGCCAUGGGAGGGUUCAUGUACGCUUACCAGAAUUCCGCCGGUAGGCUCAUGGGAUUUUUCCCCAAUGAAGGCGAGGUCGCCAAAUAUAAGAAGAAGUAAUUCUUAACAGGAUCUCUACAUUUUUGCUUCUUUUGCUAUCGAUUGAUGAUAUUUCUGUUUGCAUUUCCGUUCUAUGAUCCACUUACAGUUUUAGUAUUCUGUGACAAGCUUCUAAAACUUGGUUGCUUUUAUUUAAUAAUGUGGAAGUGAUUGUUGACACUUGAGUUUA